UGAGAAAAAUAAAAUAAUUUCAGCUAUAUGCAAAAACUAUCAUUUCCAAAUGUUAAUGGUUAACUCAAGUGACGAAGAAGAAGAGGAUGAAAUUCAAGAAGAUUUCACAAUGAACAUGAUUCAUCUUCUAACGCAUCGUAGAAGCGUCCAUUUAGGAUUACCUAAAUCGUCAGACUGGAGGCAUAACGUUUUAAAUAAAUUCGAUGACAAUAGGUUUAAUCAAAUGGUACGAUUAAAUCCAGAAGAAUUUGCCCACGUCCUUGACCUUAUCCAAAAUGAUGAAGUUUUUCAAACAAUUUGCCACAAAUCCCAACUUCCAGUUGAGCUACAAUUAAAAAUUGUUCUGUAUCGACUAGGCUCCUCUGGCGAUGGAGCUUCCGUACGCAAGGUAGCUUCACUUUUUGGAAUUGGUGAUGGCAGAACAAUUCAAAAUGUUACAAGACGCGUAUUCAAAGCCAUUUUAAAACUCAAAAACAAUGUUUUAUAUUGGCCAGGUGAAUUAGAAAGAUCUCAAUUGGUUUCAGCAACGAAAGCGAAUUGCCAGGAUGUGUUGGCUAUAUCGAUGGCUGUGAAAUUAAAUUGGCUGAAGCACCUACAAACAAUCAUGAACUCUGUUUGCGAUCACAAAUUGAGCAUAAGACAAGUAACUAUUGGUUACCAUGGAACUUCUACGGUUUAA